AUGGACAAUACUACACGAUUCAUUCUUGAUAUAAUGGAUGCAGAAGAAGAAGAAGAAGAGCAGCAGACAAGGAUGAGAAUGAAUGCGGCUUACCUCCAUAAUCAGCGUGAAAAAGAAAAUUUUAUCUCGUAUCAUGGUGGUUCCACAAUGAAUCAUCGUGUAAUUGAUCGUAAUAGAGAAGAAGGUCAUGUUAGACUUCAACGAACUGAUGCUGUGGGAAUUCGUGGCAUGUCUUCACUUCAGAAAGUGACAGCUGCACUUAGGAUGCUUGCAUAUGGAACAACAGCUGAUGCGGUUGAUGAUUAUGUUCGAAUUGCAGAGAAUGAACAACGAGGCUUUCCUGGAAUGUUGGCUAGCAUUGAUUGUAUGCAUUGGAAGUGGAAGAAUUGUCCAACUGGCUGGCAAGGUAUGUACACAGGUCAUGUUCAUGAACCAACAAUUAUAUUAGAAGCUAUAGCUUCAAAAGACUUGUGGAUUUGGCAUGCUUUUUUCGGAUUACCGUGGUCGUUGAAUGAUAUUAAUGUGUUAGAUCGCUCUCAUCUUUUUGAAGAAUAUGCAGAAGGUAGUGGCCCUGAAGUGAGGUAUACUAUCAAUGGACACGAAUAUAACAUGAGCUAUUAUCUUGCUGAUGGCAUAUAUCCUUCUUGGCUAACUUUUGUCAAAACUAUUCCAAAACUCAAGGUUAUAAACAAAGAUAUUUUGCAAUUGCACAAGAAUCCGUUCGAAAAGAUGUUCAAAGAGCAUUUGGAGUGUACGAUCUCGGAUGAAAGGGAUUUACAUGCCGAGGAAGAACACUUUGAGGCAUAUGAUGAACCAACCGUUACCCGAAUACCAAGUCAUCCUAGUAGUCAGGGAGAAUUCAUACAAGUGCACCAGCAGAUUCGAGAUAAACAAGCUCAUGUUCCGUUGCAAAAUGAUCUUGUUGAACAUCUUUGGCAGAUCAUGGCGGUGACUUGA